AUGAAUUCACGCUCGUCCAAGAAGCACGAAUCGAUUCCUAAUAAGUCGCCCAAGCCUAGGUCUAGACCUUCGACAGACGACUGGACAGAAGUUACAGAGCCCGAGGAGAGGAGGCGCAUUCAAAAUCGACUGGCUCAGCGAAAGUUCCGAGAGAAAGCCAGAGAGCAGAAAGAAAAGGCAGAACGGGAGUCGCGCGACUUGGAAAACGCAGCCAGCAGCUACCGUCUCCCUUCGUCGGACGAAAUCGCAGUAGAUGACGGCAUAGACCUCUCAGGCCUGCCUUGGGGGAGCCUCAGUAUGACACACGUUCUAGCGAGGGGCUACGAGACGGAGAGCAGACGUAGCGGAGGCAGCAGCAACAGGGACUGCGAAGGCGAUAAUAAUAACAGCUAUACCAACGACACGAGGCAAGACGACGCGGCGCAGUACUACGCGGUGUCGAGCCCGUACCAACAAUACCAGACGGUCAGCUACGGGAGCAGGACAAAUAGCAGCGAAAGCGACGAUUUCGCAUAUCAAGAUCUGCCGCCAUAUUACUACGACUUCGAUCCAAAUAGCGGGUAUAGUCAUCAUCACCAUCACCAUCGAACUUAG